AUGGUUCAUAACGGCGGUGAAGUGGAGGCAACAAUGGUGAAAGCAAGGUUCGGCACCGACAUCCGCAAGAUGACACUUCGUCAUAACGAUGACCUGUCUUACAAUGAUUUGGUGAUGAUGAUGCAACGGAUUUUUAAAAUUAAAUCCGCCGACAAUAUCAUACUCAAAUAUAAAGAUCAAGAAGGUGAUUUGAUUACAAUGGCCGACGAUCACGACUUGUUGUUGGCGUUACAAACUGAACCCUUAUUAUCAGUGGUCGUUUUAAUUGAUGGUGCUGAGAUGUCUUCUUUAAGCAAGUCUGUUUUAUUGGAUUAUAUAUGUUCAUUUGAUUAUUAUUGUUCAGGUGGAAGUGAGCCGCCUUCAACGCCGAUGAACAAUGCUCCUGCUGAAGUUCAGGCUCAGACUGGAGCCCUAGCCGGAGCCGGAGCUGGAAUGGGUGCACCACCUUGUGGCCAACCUCAGCCUCAACCAAUCGCUCCACCACCUGUGCCGAUGAUGAUGAUGUCGGGCAGCAAUUCGGGUUCGUUUGGUCAGCCGCAACAGCAACAGCAGCAUCAAAUGACACCACCACCUCAAGCCACCGUCCCGCCGACAACUGUCUCAUCAGCU